AUAAUAUGUUGAUUUUUUGUUUUUUUGUUUCGAGAAAUUAGAAACGUUCUUCUUGUCAAGAUUUCAACGAAAAGGGUAUCGAAAGAGUUUCGUUUGCUCUCUCUGGUCUGAACUUGAAUCCUAAACCCUAAACUGCAAAGGCAGAACCGAGCAUUUUCGCUCGUUGAUCCAUUUUCGAACGUCAAUCGCAGAAAAUUUUGGUACGAGAAUUGGCAUAAGCAUAGUGACAUAUGAAAUGGAAGCAGCUCUUGUUCCUCCUCUAAUGGUUUCCACAGGAUUUUUGCCAACUGGGUCGUUGUUACAGUCGUUGGUUCACAUAUGCAACGAAGUUUGCUCCAUGGAAAAGCUUCCGGUUCUACAGGGCCGGAACAUCUCCACCAUGAUAAGGAGGAUCAAGCUUCUCGCUUCUCUGUUCGAAGAGAUACAAGAGUCCGACGGGCCGCUUCCUCCCUCUUCAAUCCUAUGCCUCACGGAGCUUUUCUCCGUGAUUCGAAGAGCCAAGUUUCUGAUCCAAGAUUGUAAAGACGGGAGCUCUCUGUGGGGGCUUAUGCAGACGGAGUUGGUUUCGAAUCAGUUUUACGUGCUGGUCAAGGAGUUGGGGAGGGCGCAUGAUAUUUUGCCUCUGAGUUUGCUUAACGUGACGGCAGAUAUCAAAGAGCAGAUCGAGCUCCUCCACCGGCAAGCGAAAAGAACGGAGCUUUUUAUCGAUCUCAAAGAGCUGCAGAGAAGAGAAGAGCUUUUGGUUUUGAUGGGAAGCAAUAGUGAGAAGAACAGGAAGAACAAAGGGUUCAUAGAUUUGGUCAAAGUGAGAGAUGUUCUGAGCAGCAUUGGCCUGAGAAACGCCGUGGAUUACGAAGAAGAAACUUCAAAGCUCGAGGCAGAAGCUCACAAGCAAGCAGGGAGUGGAGGGCUGAUUGUGGUGUCCAACAUAAACAAUCUUAUUUCCCUUGUGUCGUACUGCAAAACCAUCAUUUUUAUAGAUGGUGAAAUCGAAAAACCGUGUAAAGAGGAUAUGAAACUGCACUGUCUCCCCUCGGGUAGAUUUUAUGAUCACUCUUCAUCUUCUCAGUCGUUGAUCCCCAAUGUUCCGGAUGAAUUUCGCUGCCCGAUUUCAUUGGACUUGAUUAGAGACCCUGUUAUUGUAGCAUCCGGGCACACUUAUGAUCGAAAUUCGAUUGCACAAUGGAUAAAUUCGGGGCACCAGACAUGUCCCAAAAGCGGGCAGAAGCUGAUUCACAUGGCGCUUAUUCCCAACUACGCACUCAGGAGUCUAAUGCAACAAUGGUGUGAGGAGAACAACGUUCCCACAACUGAAUCCUCGCAGUCUUCUUCCUCCGAUUUGGCGAGGAGCAGCAGCAAAAGGGAGUUGUACGAAAAUGCUGUCGAUCACAUUUCUGUCGUGAAAGCUGCUGCUGAUGCUGUGAAAUUGACAGCUGAGUUUCUGGUGGGAAAACUAGCAACUGGCUCCCCAGAUAUCCAAAGGCAAGCGGCCUAUGAGCUCCGAUUACUUGCCAAAACCGGCAUGGAUAAUAGAAGGAUAAUAGCAGAGGCCGGAGCUAUUCCAUUUCUAGUGACGUUGCUGAGAUCCCAUGAACCGAGAAUUCAGGAAAACGCUGUCACAGCGUUGCUCAACCUCUCCAUCUACAACAACAACAAGAUUCUGAUCAUGGCGGCUGGAGCAAUUGACGAAAUAGUAAACGUCUUGGAAUCGGGGAACACAAUGGAAGCAAGAGAGAAUGCAGCAGCAGCAAUUUUCAGCUUGUCGAUGAUAGAUGACUGCAAGAUAACGAUUGGAAAGCGCCCUAGAGCCAUUCCGGCAUUGGUGGGGCUUUUGAAAGAAGGCACUCCGGCUGGUAAAAAAGAUGCUGCCGUAGCACUCUUCAAUCUUGCACUCUACAAUGCCAACAAGGUGAGCAUUGUGUUCGCCGGGGCGGUUCCUCUGCUCAUCGAGCUGUUGAUGGACGACAAGGCGGGAAUUACAGAUGAUGCCUUGGCACUGCUUGCUCAGAUUUUGGGUUGCUCUGAAGGACUGCAGGAGAUUGGGAAGAGCAGGAUAUUAGUGCCUAUUCUUAUCGAUCUCUUAAGAUUUGGUUCACCGAAAGGGAAGGAAAACGCGAUCACUCUUCUGUUGGGGCUGUGCAAAGAUGGAGGAGAGGAGGUCGCAAGACGGCUGUUGAUGAACCCGCGGAGCAUUCCUUCACUCCAAAGCUUGGCUGCAGACGGUUCCUUGAAAGCUCGAAGAAAAGCUGACGCAGUGCUUCGAUUACUGAACAGGUGCUGCUUCCAAUCUCACGACCAGAUUGGAUGACAGUGUUGAAAGAGUGUUUUGUUAGAUACAGUUCCAAGUGUAUAUUUGUGCAAAUCAAGCACAGAAAUGAAAGUGUUGAUUAAUUACUGCAAA